AUGGAGAAGACAGGGCAGAAGAGCCCCGGCUUCUUGCCUCCCUUCCAGCACUUCGCGACGCAGGCCAUCCACGUGGGGCAGGAGCCCGAACAAUGGAACUCCAUGGCCGUGGUGCCCCCCAUUUCCCUCUCGACCACCUUCAAGCAGCGCGCGCCGGGAGAGCACUGCGGUUUUGAGUACAGCCGUUGUGGAAAUCCUACUCGAGAUUGCUUGGAAAAGGCUGUGGCAGCACUGGAUGGCGCAAAGUAUUGCUUAGCGUUUGCUUCUGGAUUAGCAGCUACACUGAAUAUUGUACAUCUAUUAAAAGCAGGAGAUACUAUUAUAUGCACAGAUGAUGUCUAUGGAGGAACAAAAAGGUAUUUCCGGACGAUAGCAUCAGAGUUGGGUCUGAAGGCGGUUUUUGUUGAUUGUACCAAACUGGAAUGCCUUAAAGCUGCAAUCACUCCAGAAACUAAGCUUGUUUGGAUUGAGACACCCACAAAUCCAUUGAUGAAAGUGAUUGAUAUUCAAGGAUGUGCAGAUAUUGUCCAUAAGCAUAAAGGCGUUCUCUUAGCAAUCGACAAUACUUUUAUGUCUGCAUAUUUCCAGCGUCCCUUGUCUUUGGGGGCAGACAUUUGUAUGUACUCAGCGACUAAGUACAUGAAUGGGCACAGCGAUGUUGUAAUGGGACUAGUGUCAGUAAACGACAGUGAUCUCUACGAAAGACUCAAACUCUUACAGUAUGCCCUUGGAGCAGUUCCAUCUCCUUUUGAUGCCUACCUUUGCAAUCGAGGCUUAAAGACACUGCCAAUCCGCAUGAAGCAACAUUUCCACAAUGCGCUGGUGAUUGCUCGAUACCUCGAGUCUGAUCCCAGAGUGGAAAGGGUCAUGUUUCCUGGAUUGGCCUCCCACCCGCAAUUUGAGCUGAUGAAACGUCAGGCCACAGGCUGCCCAGGAAUGAUUUCCUUCUACAUUAAAGGAAACCUUGAACGUGCCACUACAUUUCUCAAAAACAUAAAGCUUUUUGCACUGGCUGAAAGUCUGGGAGGAUAUGAAAGCCUGGCAGAGCAUCCCGCCAUCAUGACUCAUGCCUCCGUUCCAAAGGAAGAAAGAGAAGCCAUCGGAAUCUCGGAUACAUUAAUUCGCUUGUCUAUCGGCUUAGAAGACUGUGAAGAUUUACUGGAAGAUCUGGACCAAGCACUGAAAGCAGCAUUUCCUGAUUAUAAAGUCCGUAACUAGGAGACUUGAUUUCUCUGCAUCUGCAAUAUAAGGAAAAGGAACCGAAAAGCUGCGCUGCUCAUGAAUUUUCCGUGAUUCAGUUUCUUAGAAAUGAAAAUUUAUCU